AUGGUUGGGCCGGUAUUUUGCAGACUUAUUUCAAUGUGUGGCAUUAUUGUGGCGGUUGUUGGUCGAAGCCGGUGCUGCUAAAGGAUGGAUGAUGAAGGAGCAUCAUCAUCCGGAUUUUGCAAUCCAUAUGAUAGAGAUUCCGGUUUUGAUGCUACUUCACGUGAAGCAAUGUAUAAAAAUAAAGGUAUGACAUCAGAUGCUAUGCGUAAACGACGUGAAGAGGCUUACGCUGAAAUCCGUAAAGCUAAACGAUACGAUGAUUUAAACAAGCGACGGCAAAUAGAUCUUGCACCAACUGAUGUGGAUGAAGAACCGGGACGUGAACUUUCUGGUAAUUCAGUAGAUGAGCGAAUCGUUUCGAAGCUAUGUGGUGAAUGCCCGGAAGAGAUCGAGGAAGCUCUGGAUUUUUAUAGACGGCGUUUCCGUACAAGUAAUGCCAGUGAUGUAGCAGAUGAAAUUGUUACCUUGAAUUUAAUACCUCGUAUCGUGGAUUUGUUGCAAAACGGAUCGACUCUUAACAUACGUCGAACUGCCACCCAUGUUGUUGGUGCUAUUGUUUCUAUCUGUUCAACACAUACCGAAGCAAUUGUCAAAAGCGGAGUUGUCCCACAUUUGGUCGAUUUGAUUGGUAAUCCAGACCGCGAGUUGCGUGAGCUAACAUUAUUUGCGCUAGGUAACAUAGCUGCCGAAUGUUGCGAAUAUAGAGAUCUCUGCAUCGCAUAUGGUAUGGCUCAGAAAAUGACGAUGAUACCGGAUGGUACCAUGACACUAAUGGAAGCGCGAUGUACUGUCUGGGCUUCUUCGAAUUUAUGCCGUGGAAAAGAUCCUCCUGUAGAUCUCGAGAAGAUCGCUGUGUUGCUGCCAUUGUUUAACGAAGCCUUGUACAGUAAUGACACAUUAAUCAUCUCAGAUGCUUGUCGUGCAUUUGGUCGGUUACUUGAUGCUACACCGGAAAGCUCAUAUAAAUAUAUUCUAAAGCCAAGUACCAUUGAGUGUCUAGUAGAGCACAUGGGAAAUCCUAAUUCGAAAAUAUCACUGGCGGCGUUAUUGGCAGUUGGGAAUAUUGUUUCAGGGGAUGACGAGCAAACGCAAAGUGUUUUAAACUGUGCAAAUGCGUUGAACUACAUUCAUCGUCUUUUGCUGGAUGGUGAGCAAAAAACAAAACGCGAAGUAUGUUGGGUAUUAUCGAAUAUUGCUGCUGGUACAACUGCGCAAAUACAGGCCAUCUUUGCCGCUGGAAUAAUUCCUUCUUUGAUACAAAUUUUGAAGACGGAAACAUUCCAAGUUCGUUCAGAAGCCUGCUGGGUAAUUGCUAAUGCGAUCACUGGUGGUAACAGAGAACAUGUGUCACAAAUUGUGCGCGAAGGUGCUCUUAUCCCUCUCAGUGAUAUGCUCACUGUCAUGGAUUGCACUGUAGUUGUCGUAGUACUCAAAACAUUGACCGAAAUUCUGGAAUGCGGUGAACAUUGUAAAAUUGAUGGUCAAAAUCCAUACGCUGCUCGACUAGAAGAAUUGAACGUGAUCGAUAAACUUGAAUUCUUGAUGUUAAGUUCGAAUACGGAAAUAUUUUUUAAAGCGUGCGCGAUCAUGGAGAAAUAUUAUCUUCGUGAAGAUGACGAGCAGGAUAAUACCAACAACGAUAAUAGUGUAGUAUGUGGAAGGAAUAAAAAAGCAAAUCCAGAGGAUCAAAUACCAAAAGAGAAUACACUGCUGACAGAAAUAGUAAAAUGGAGAAAUGGUCGUGGAAUAGGGAUUAAUUCUGGGCUUUCCUAA